UUGCAUGGUGUCCGUCCGGUGCUGGAUUAUUAUGCUCCAGCUGGAUGGCACCAAGUGCAGUUUCCUGUUCUGCCUGGGAAUCUGCAUGUUCAUCUGCUCAGUCAUCUACCUGAGUGCCAAGGACCCUACAGAUCCCAAGGGUCAGCGCAGGCCCCUGGGCUGCAGGCCCUUCUCCCAGUACUGCCAAGCCUUCCUCCCCAGCACUGCAGGCUCGCCAGCAUGGCAACGCCACGACUGCCAGGUGGAGAGCUAUCUUCUGCGUAUGGGGGGUGGAGGCAGGAACCUGGACUGCUCCCGCCUGGUGAGGGAGCUCCACUUCAUCACCAGCCCACUGAGCCGCGAAGAGGAAGACUACCCUCUGGCCUUCAUCCUCACUGUCCACAAGGAGCUGGAGCUGCUUGUGCGCCUGCUGCGGGCCAUCUACGCGCCCCAGAAUGUCUACUGUGUCCAUGUGGACGUCAAGGCUCCAAAGGAGUACAGGGAAGCUGUGAAGAGCCUGGUGGGCUGCUUCCCCAAUGUGUUCCUGGCCAGCCGCAGCGAGAUGGUGACCUACGCCGGCUUCUCGCGGCUGCAGGCAGACAUCAACUGUAUGAGGGACCUGGUGGAAUCGCCGGUGCCCUGGAGGAAGGUGGUCAACCUGUGUGGCCAGGACUUCCCCGUCAAAAGCAAUCUGGAGCUGGUGCGCUACAUGCAGAGCAAGGAGUGGAGGGACAGGAACAUGACCCCGGGCAUCAAGCAGCCGGCGUCCAUGAGGCACCGGACUCAGCUGAGUUACAGGGAGGUCAGGGGCUCCCACUCGGCCCCCAAGCGAGGAGCCCCAAAGAAGGGUGCUCCACCCCACGGGGUGCAGAUAUACUUUGGCACAGCCUACUACGCGCUAACCAGGACCUUUGUGGAGUUUGUACUGAGAAGUCAGGUGUCCAGGGACUUGCUGGAGUGGUCCAAAGACGCAUUCAGCCCAGAUGAGCACUACUGGGUGACACUCAAUCACAUCAAAGAAGCGCCAGGAAGUCAUGUAGACGGAGGUUGGAGCGGCGAGAUCAGGGCGAUAAAAUGGAGGGACCAAGAGGGGACUGAACACAACGGAUGCAAAGGCCGUUAUGUCAGGGACAUCUGCAUCUACGGUCUGGAGGAUUUGCAAUGGAUCAUCAACAGAAACAGCAUGUUUGCCAACAAGUUUGAGAGCAAGACCAUCCCAGAAGCUUUGGACUGCCUGGAGCAGUGGCACAGGGACAAGGUCCUGCAGCAAGCCACGGUUCCCAUCCAGUCAUGGUGGCAACUUGCCACGCAAGGCAACACUACCGCUCUUUUCAAUGCCACAGUGGGACUUUGACGAGGCCGUGGGGUUCUUCCUGACCGGAAUUGGAUGUACAUCUCCAAUAGACGUGUUGGUUAUUGUAUCGCUUUAGAGGGCUGUACUAAAGUGUGCUGCUAGGGCCUUGAUGCAUUUCUGUUUGUGCGUUAAGCCCAAAUCUCGAGAAUGUCACUGCAUGGAUACCUAUUCAAAAGCAAAAAAGCGGAAUUCCUCUCCAAUCGUAGGAAACCGAAUGCAAGGUGACCAGAGAAGACUUGUUAUUGACAUAUCUCGGUUGUCCUGAAACGCUUUGUGAUAAAAAUAGACUUGGUAUAUCACUAAAGCCGCAUGCUGCCCAGUUGAAACAGUUUGCACAAACAUUAUGACAACAUUUUGUGAAGUUUCUGUUCGUUUUUGGGGCUGUUUAAGCACACAACAUUUUUUAUUGAGGAAAAUCAAAGUCCGGUUACCGAAGUCUACGCCCGUUCGUCAGUUAUUGGUCUACAGUACUACUCCUAGUAGGAGUGGGAAUAGGGCUUGGCGAUAUGGACAAAAUAUAAUAUCACAAUAUUUUUGACUGUAUUUUAUGUUUUUCAAUAAUACAAGUUCUAAAUAUGCUUUAUGAGUAGAUAUAGGAUGGCAACACAUAAAGUAUAAGUGAUUUCAAUGGGGCUUUCUCCAUUUAUACCACGUGUGAAACUCAUUCCACAGAGGGCCGAGUGUCUGUCGGUUUUCGCUCCUUCCUUGUAUUUGAUUUAUGAAUUAAGGUCACUAAUUAGUAAGGAACUCCCCUCACAUGGUUGUCUAGGUCUUAAUUGAAAGGAAAAAACAAAAACCCACUGACACUAUGCCCACCCCUUAUUUAUACUGUUAAAUCCAACUCCAAACAAUAAUAAUCCUCAGCAUUUUCAUACAUUUCCUGCACUUUUAUUAUAAUUUCCACACUGUGCCAUGCAGCAUAAAAUAUAGGCCUAGUUAAUAUGUGAACUGUUGGAAUCAUGGAAAUAUAAUGAUUAUUCUAAUUCUAUAGUUGGAAUAUAGUGGGCAGCACCUUGAAUACAUUGUUGUUUGACAUGACAAUAAUGAAUAAACCAGGGAGGAAUUAUUGACAGGGUGUUUCCAGGUGAUUAGAUGUCACAUUACAUGGUCUCUUACUUCAUGUAGCUAGCUAGCUAGCCAACAUAUUCAUGCUUCGCCUAUUCCUCUCUGAUAAGAUACCGAUGCACAAACAUGCUUAUCUAGGCCUACACCAGCACUGGUACACAGGCAGUAUUAGCUAGCUACGUUUUCUCUGACUCUUAGUACAUUUAGCAAGCUAGCUAGCCAGCUAACUAGUGAUUACCAUUAGCGGUUAGCACAAAUUAUUUUAGCAACACCUUGCUAAAUAGAAGGUAAAGUAAAAACUGAAACCGGUCCGUGCAUCAAUACUGGUACUGUAUAUAGUAAAAUACGGUAUACCGCCCAGCCCUAAGUGUGAACUAUGGACGGGAUUCUUCAAUGACGUAUUUGUUGUCAUUCAACGAGAGACGACUAGUUUUCAUGCACAUUUUUUCACAUGAGAAAUACUGCACCAAACAUC